UUAAGAACACAUUGUUUUUCUGGCGCUAACAAUGACUUCAUAUAACUCCAAUUCCAAAUUGGCUCAACUUGAAAGGCAACUUCCUCAAGGGCAAUGGUCCACUGGCCUUUUCGAUUGUUUGGACGAUCGUUCUAAUUGUCUUCUCACUUGCUUCUGUCCAUGCAUCACCCUUGGGCGGAUUGCGGAGAUUGUUGACAGGGGGACUACAUCUCGUAGGAUGGCUAGCCUCAACUCCUAUGCAAUGGGGUCUAUAGGUUGUGGGUGGCUAUAUUCUGGAAAAUAUCGAGCCAAGUUGAGAGCAAUGUUUUCACUACCGGAAGAACCAUGCGGUGAUUUUGUGCUCCAUGGCUGCUGCUGUAUCUUUUCUCUUUGUCAGGAGUACAGAGAACUAAAAAAUCAUGGAAUCGAUCCCUCCAUAGGGUGGCAAGCCAACGUUGAGAAGUGGAACCGGGAAGGGAUCAAGCCUCCAAUUGUGGAAUCGGGCAUGGAUCGUUAAUUCACCGCCGUCUUGUGUAAAAAAUAUGUCAUGGGUUUUGUUUAGGGUUUGUUCAUCAGAUUGAUUGUUUACGAGUACGUAUUUAUGUUCAUUCUCAUUACGUGACCGCCAAAAACUUUCGUACAUGUAUUAUUUAUUAUGUAUGUAUUUAA